AUGAAUAAUCCGGUAGCAAGUAGCGAGGCCUCAAAGAAGAUUCCCUCCCUGGCGGAGGAUAUUGCUGCUGAGAAGCAAUCGCCUCUGCACGUGCAAUCGAACGCCUUUUCCGAGGGGGCGGGCCUGGCGGCGACAGCGGACGGUUCGAAGAAGAAGAAGACGCACCCUGUGGCUCUUGGCCUGACAAAGUAUCCUCCUCCUCCUCCCACUGAUCGUCAACCACUGCUGCGAUUACCGAUCUAUGAGUCUCCACAGGACGUCCCCAAUCUGCUCUUCCCCUUCAGAAGUCACAGCCGGCGAAUCAAGAUACGAAUGCAAGAAUCGGCGGGAUCUUUGUUGGUGGCCUUCCUUCUUGGUGCUCCACCAAUGGCCUUUGGAUGUGGUGCCAGAAUUGUACAGGUCAGCAGCCUGUCCACUGCUCUGUAUGAAGUUGAGCUUACCAUGCGGGCCAAGCUUCAUCUUCUUGCUGAAAAGAGCAGGGUGAAAGAAGAGUUGGCAGAAGCAAAGCAUGAGAUGGAGGAUGUGAAGAAAGAACUGGAAAAGGAAGAGAAGAUGGAAGGGGUAGAAAACCAGACACCUGUUGUUUCACCAAAGGAAAGCAAAGACUUUUCUUCUGAGAGCAGCCACAGAGGUGACCCGGACCUUGAAGCACAAACAAAGGCGAAGGACAGUCAGACAACCACUCUUCUUCGAGGAAAAGCUAAGGCCAAGACCAAAUGGGACAAGGAGAGGAUGGAGGCUGCCAUGGAGGUGGUUCCCAGCAGCCUGGCACUUGCACCACAGACUUGGGGUGGUGGUGAAAAAGUUGUGACAGCUACAGGAGACACAGCCAUGGGAAGAAAAGGGAAAGCAGAGGCAGAGGCUUCUCCAGCUAAAGGUACACCAGCAGAGUCAGAAGUAGAGAAAGCAGAAGAACAAAAGGAAACCAAAGAACCCAAGGCCAAAGCCAAAAGCAAAGCAAAAGAAAAAGCAAAAGCUAAGAGUGUCACAAAGCAGUUGAAGAAGAAGCCUAGCAUGAAGGAAGUGCCAAAGACAAAGGAAGAAAAAGCAGGUGGAAAGAAGGAGAGUCUGAUGGACAAGACCAAAGCCUGGGACCAGGACACAGGCAUGCCCAGCGAUGUGUUCCUCUGGAGCACUUUCCAAGGGAAUGAGCAGGCAUUGGAAAAAGCGAUUUCCAAUGGCAGUGUGCAGGAGUACCAGCAGGAUGGAGAAGUGCCAAAGACAAAGGAAGAAAAAGCAGGUGGAAAGAAGGAGAGUCUGAUGGACAAGACCAAAGCCUGGGACCAGGACACAGGCAUGCCCAGCGAUGUGUUCCUCUGGAGCACUUUCCAAGGGAAUGAGCAGGCAUUGGAAAAAGCGAUUUCCAAUGGCAGUGUGCAGGAGUACCAGCAGGAUGGAGUCACUUUUUGCAGCUUUAGGAAAACAAAGGCAGGAAUAGAGAGUGGCACACAGCAGGAGCUCCAUGUGAAAAGUGGACAAGUUGAGCUGGACCAGGGCCAAUACACUGCUUUGUCAAGAGCAUUUUCUUCCAUAGCUUUGACUUUUGAUGAUGAAACAGAAGAAGGGACAGAACAGAAGGCAGAAAGCCUGGGGCAAGAAAAGCAGCUUAAGCAAUUGGAAGCAGAAGGGCUGACAAAAGAGAUGACAGAGGUGUUGGCUGAUGCAAAGCAAGCACAUGAAAGGACGCACCAAGCUGCAAUGAAAUUGUUAGGCAAGUGCACAAAUGGCACAGACAAGAAGAAGUUCAAAGAGACUGUCAUCAGCAUCCAAGCAUGGGCGCAAAAGAAUCACAAUGUGCUGACCUGGAAGGAGUUGGAAGGUGACAAGCCAUUGACACCUACAAACUUCAAGGAGUUCAUGGCAGACCCAGCACAGCAGACCAGGGGCUUAAAUGAAGCAGUGGCACAAUUCAAAGCUCUUCUGCCAACAAGAAAGGCCCAAGAGCUGGCAUUCAAGGCCACUGUUGACUUCCAGGAAGCCAAUACUGUUCCACCUUUAGACCUUCAGAACAAUAUGCAUAGGCAGCUGCUAGCAUUUGCCAACAAGUUUGUCCUCCUUCCUGCACCUUUCCAGCCAAAGAUCACUUUCAAGGAGCUGGCCUUGGGUCCUGAGGAUUACAACAACUUCAAGGCUGUGAAGGCUUUGAAGGUUGUUGGCAACUCAAACCCGCAGCGCAGCAUCCGAUUUCUUGUACCUCGGAUCUUUGAUGCUGGAGAGCUGGGUUCUGCAGCAGCAGAGGCUGUCAGGACAAUCUGCGAACUUCAGAAGGAUGACCCAGAGAUGCCGGAGUUGUUGCUGAAGGAGCUGCACGACUUCUUGAAUGCUGGACUUCGAAGACCCUUUCGUGCCGUCCUGGAGCUUUUGGAGAGCGUCAUUCCAAAAGGGAAUGAACAAGUCAUGGAGUGGAUUGUCUUCAUCCUGGACGAGGGGACGGAGGAAGAGCAAGGAAUUGCACUUGACCGCCUCAGCGAUUCACAGCAGGUUUGUGACAUCAAUGCAACCGUCAAUUUGAUUCUAAACAGGUUAUUUUGCCUAAUGGAUGACUCAAAGUGGUUCGACAUGUCUGAAUCUGGGGAGAAGUUCCUGAUGAAAGGGCUUGCCGCGGUUUGCAAGCAAGAACCUGGUUUGGCGCACGGCACAUUGCUAGAGUUUUUGAAGGAUGAAGACAGCAACAAAGUUACACGAGCUGCAAAGACAGUCGCAGCCAUUGGUGCAGAUGAAGGGUUGCUGCAGGCGGUUCUUGCUGCUUUGGAAGUGGAAUCCACGAGGGGGACAACCUGGGCUGUGCUUGAAAUUUGUACCAGUCUACUGGAGAUCUCCUCAGAUACGGGGCCUCAGGUCUUUCAGGCCUUGCUCAAAGAGCUUCCGAGGAAACAAUAUCGUGAUAACCAGGCGGUCCUGAAGGUGAUGAAUGCAUGUGUGCCUUUGGAUGGUACACUUGAAGCCCUUGCAAGCUACCUCAAGCAUGCCAACCGGAUCCGUAGAGAUGAAGGUGUUGCACCACUGCUGGAAGCAGCCAAAAUCACAGACUUUUACAUCAAGACCUUCAACUCGCCAGAGGCCAAAGAGCUCAAAUCUAUGGUCAAGGCUGCAUUGGCGCAGGGCAUUGCAGAAUCUGGCGAUAAGAAGUGUGCUGAAGUCUUGCCCGAGAUCGUAGACUUUGAGGGUGAAGGCGACGAGGUUUUGAAUAGCCUGGUGGCUGGCUUGGGGCAUCCGAGUCAAAAGGUUCGAUCACUCUGUGAAGAUGUUUUUCUGCAAGUUGUGCGUCCUGAUGAUCCAAGAGCUUCCAAAGUUCUCAUCCGCAGCAUAGAGCAGGAAAUCGUAACUUCAACGAGGUGUUUGCAGAUUAAACUUCUUGGUGAUGUAGCCCCUCGAGAUCAGACGGAGGUGGUUGACUUGCUCCUUCGACUUGCAGAUGAAAACGAUGUUUGCAUUCGCUCGACUGCAUUGGCCCAGCUUUGGGCAUGUGCAAGCUGUGAGCAAUGCUUGGGCCCUCUCAGAGCACAUUUGAUGGAAAAGGACGAGCAGGUCCGUCUUGCUUGCCUCGGUUCCAUCCUAAAACUCGAGGAAGAUCUUGGAGCACUGCAAGAGCUAUGCUUGCAAAGCUUGAAGGAUGGUGCAUCCAGCGUAGUUUUACUUGCCUUAACAACCUUGGAUGAUAGAUGUGACACACUC